UCUUCAGUAUGUCUUCCUUUCUACACAAGCGACCGAUUUUUGACCCUCACUAGCAAUCGAACUCUACAUCCUUUUCUCUUGGGAACCAGCCUCGACAACUUCGCCGUACUUCAGAUGAAGGACGUGCCAACUCUUCGAUAUUUCCAUCUUCCUCUAAUCUGCCUCGUCGAAUCGUUCAACCCGUGCCUCGUUUGCCUAUUUAUGCCAUCCCUUCCUCCCCUUCCUCUCUAUCUUUCUCUUCCUUCCUUCUACAUCUCACUCAUCGUUUUCCAGAGCCUGUUGCAUCCCUCAGCAACCCGAUCUUAGAUCCUCAGAUCUCUUCAUACCUCGCAUCUACAUCCUUCGAGCUUCCUACCAACAUCGAGAUUUAAGUGCAGAACAUCCAUGACCUGUUGAUCCCGACAAUCGUUGUCGCCAUCAACACUUCCACUCCUGCGUAUGGGUCCGCUCACACCUCCAUCACCGCCAAUCUUUGUCAAGAUGGAGGAGACAUCACUAUUCGAAGGAUUUUCCACUCCCCCAGGCAGCCAACCGGGUGGAUCGAAUGGCCUCAUUACUAGGGAGCAUCAAGAUGUUCUCGACAUCAUCGAUUCUCUCCGCUGCAUUGGCCUGGAGCGAUACGUCGAUCUGCCUCAAAUCAUCGUCUGCGGUGAUCAGUCCUCCGGCAAGAGCUCUGUGCUUGAAGCCAUCUCGGGCCUCUCAUUCCCAGCCAAGCAAGGCGUCUGCACACGCUUCGCCACCGAACUCAGCCUCCGCCCAAGCCCACGCAGCCGUGUCCAAGUCACAAUCGUCGCUGGUCAUAGCCGUUCUGCCGCUGAGAGAAAGGCGCUCAAGUCCUUUAGCAAACGGGCGAGCACUAGCCCCGAGGAUUUCGAUCUGGGUGCAGUCAUCCGCGAUGCGGAAAAGGCCAUGGGCCUGGGUGACACGAACAAGCGUUUCAGCAACGACACUCUAAAGGUGGAGAUCUCUGCACCAAACCUGAGUCGCCUCACUCUGGUCGACCUGCCUGGUUUGUUUGUGGCCGGCGACAAGCGCCAGAGUGUGGAGGAUGCUCAAAUUGUCCGUGAGCUUGUCAUGUCGUAUAUGGAGAAGCCUCGGAGCAUCAUUCUCGCGGUAGUGUCUGCCAAUGUGCAAUUCACCCUGCAGUCUGUCACGGAGCGUGCGCGUCAGGUGGAUCCCGAAGGAGCGCGUACCUUGGGGCUCAUCACGAAACCGGACAAGCUCGACCACGCGUGCGAAGAUGAGCAGACGUACAUCACGCUGGCCGAGAAUAAGGACGUCAACUUGCGUCUCGGCUGGCACGUUGUCAAAAACAGGGACUGGAAGGAGCGGGAUAUGACAGCGGAGCAACGAGACGGCUCGGAGAGACAGUUUUUCGAGGAGAGGAACUGGAACCGCUUGGAUCCUGAACAACUUGGCGUUGCCCACUUGGUGGCGAGGCUGAGCAAAGUUCUCCGCCAGCAUAUCGUGUCCCAGCUCCCUCAGCUCCUCGACGAGAUCUGCAAACGCAUUGAUGCGGUCAAAAGCCAGCUCGCGGGCCUAGGAGAUACACGAACCACUGUUAACGAGCAGCGCCGGUACUUGUGCCAUGUCAGUGAGGCGUUUUCCCGCCUCGUCAAAGCGGCUGUUGAUGGCGACUACACCAAUCGAAGCUUUUUCCCUAAUGAAGGGAAAGAUGAGAAUCGUCUCCGCGCACGCGUCGCCAGCCAUCUUACAGCAUUCGCGGAGAGUAUGCAGAAGCGUGGACAUUCUCACGAGAUCUUUGACGAGGAAGAUCCCACGGCUAGUUUGCUGAUGCAGAAGCAUAAGGACGGCGUGCCGCCUACCGUUGAUGGCCCGGCCGCUAUUCCACGCGGGGAGUACAUCCUCCACGUCCAAACGGUCUUGAGCAAGGGAAAGGGAAGAGAGCUCCCAUGUACCUACAAUCCUCAGGUUAUUGGAGACCUAUUCGGCGAUCAGUGCAAGCCCUGGAACGCUAUGGCACGCGGAGUCAUGAGAACUAUCUAGGAGGCAGUAAGGUCCGUGACUAACAACGCCCUGCACGAAUCAAUGGAUCGUGAAACGGCAUCACGUGUUAGUCGUUUUUUGCUCUAUCCAACUCUUAUAAAGA